CAAAAAUAUAAACAGACGGAAAGAAGAUCAACAGAUCAAUCAAAUCUCCACCUAUGAACUGGGAAUUGUUUGCAUCACGUGGAAGAAGGUGAAUUAUAAUUCUUUUCAGUUGAGUUCACAGAGACGACGGAUGAAUAUUUGGCUGAACAUUGCAAAAUUCUGUUAAUAUCAGGAUAGACCAACCAACAUAUCAAAAUGGAUAAGUUCCGUAUGAUGGCCCAGAUCCUCCAGUCCAACCAAGAGUCUUUUAUGAAUGGCAUUUGUGGCAUCAUGGCCCUGGCUAGCGCUCAGCUAUACACGUCUUUUGAAUUCAACUGCCCCUGCAUCCCUGAAUAUAACUACUCCUAUGGGAUCAGUAUGCUGGUUAUUCCACCUAUAUGGUUCUUCCUUUUGGGUUUUGUACUGAACAACAAUGUCUCAAUGCUGGUGGAGGAGUGGAAACGGCCAAUGGGACAGCGGAGGAAGGACCCUACGGUCAUGCGCUACAUGUGUGUAUCCAUUUCCCAGCGAUCGCUCAUCGCGCCAGCCGUUUGGAUCUCAGUGACUCUAAUGGAUGGUAAAAGCUUCCUGUGUGCCUACAGUAUGGACCUGGAUAUGUCAGAGUUUGGCAAAAAUGUAAGUGGAUAUGGACUGUCUCAAGAGGAACUCUUACGAACGCUGGCCAAAAUUCCAUGCAAGCAAAUAUAUGAUGGCCAACACAUUCUAUCCAGAGACGCCGCUUCCAGAUACAUAUGCUGUAUUUCACAGGCUUUUGGAUGGUUGUUCUUGUUGAUCAUCACAAUUGUUGCAUUUUUAAUCAGAGCCAUUCGGCCCUGCUUCACCCAGGCCGCCUUCCUCAAAACCAAAUACUGGUCUCACUACGUAGACGCGGAGCGCAAGAUGUUUGAUGAGACUUGCACAGAACAUGCCAAAAGUUUCGCCAAGGUUUGCAUCAAGCAGUACUUUGAGGGUAUUAGCGGUGAGAUUCAGAGCUUCCAUGAUCAUUCAUGUGGAGAUGACAGUGAUGAUGAUGACGAUAAACCUGAAACCGAAGAAGACAAACUGUUGGGGAUUCGUCGCCAGGACACCAUGAACAAGGUGCUGUGGGACUGGCACAUGUGCAAACCUGCACUGAGUCUAAGAAAGUGUGAAGAUGUUAGAGCUGGACAAAAUGGAGAUUGUAGCAUGAAUGCUAACAAUAAUCAAGAUGGACAUGUCUCUGAUAACACUGACCUUAGUGUGGGACAAAAAGGCUUCAAAAGUGGUUAUGUGAAUGCUGGCCUUGAUAUUGGCCAAAGUGAUUUGGGCAGGGGAUAUGAUAAUGCUAGCUGUAGUGUGGACCAAAAUGGCUUUACAAAAAGUCAAAGCAAAGAUAGCACAAGCCAAAAUGAAUUCAUGAAUGGCGGUGUUCCUUCUUCAUGGAGUGCUCAAAAGAAAGCAUGGGCAGUGUAUUAUAGUAAGGUAUGAGUCUGAGAUGUGUCUUUUUUCAGGCCUGACUAGAAAUCCUACUAUAUUGGUAAAUUGCUUUAUAUGUUGUUAUAACCAUCAAAACACAUUGAUUAUUGUAAUUUCAAUUACAUAUUACUUAUCACAUUAUACUAACCAAAGCUAUGAAUGAUAAUCCUAGUUUAGAGCCACUUUUUAAAGAUUUUAAAUAGAAUGCAGUUUCAUCUUGUGCCACCAGAGGUCACUAUACAACACAUCUCACCACAGCAACUUUUGACAUUCUUUAACCUUUUUCAGUCCAAGAACUAAGGCCCUGUCCCAAAUGGUACACUUCAUAUGCACCUAUGGACUUACAAUGGUCACCGUGUAUGCAUGAUCAUGAAGUCCACGAGAUUGUGAGGUGUCCAAUUUGUCAUUUUAGGUUUCAGAAGGGUGCAACGAGUGCCCACUUUGCGGUUGAUAUGCGCCCUUGAUGUACACUUUUGCUGAGCCUGCACUGAAGUAAGCUCUGCAGCAGACUUCUUCCCAACAGUCAAAGCAGCAUUACAUCACAAAAGUGCGAACUUGCAGGAAGGCUGCCAGGGUGCCAUUUGGGACAGGGCCUAAGACUCUCUUAACACUUUUCAUUCUAUUCAAUAUAUAUAU